AUGUGGUGUCCGGAUGAAUGUUGUUGAAGUUUUUUUUGCCUUGUCGAGGUAAACCGACCACAAACACUUCCACUUAUUUCAAUGGAUGUUGAACCUCUGUCAAUAUACUUCGCCAUCGUUAUAUAACCAGAUACAGAUAUGGCUGAAUCCAGAGAAGCAUCAGAUGCAGCGAACCUUUUGUCCUCAUUGUCCAUAAAGACAGAGGCUAAGGAAACAAAGAACGUUUCAGAGAAGACGAAGGAGGAGGAGAAGAAGAGCGUUGAAGUGAAGACAGAUGAGAAGCCAACUACAAAAGAUAAAUCCGCAGCAGAUGGGCAGUCUAAGACAGAUGAGAAAGCUGAACAUCCACCAAGCAACUUGAUAAAAUCAUCGUACGAGGUCAAGGUCAAACUUGCUGAUUUACAAGCCGAUCCAAACUCUCCGUUGUACUCCAUCAAAUCCUUUGAAGAGCUUGGACUUCAGCCUGAAUUGCUGAAGGGGUUGUAUGCAAUGAAGUACCAGAAACCUUCCAAAAUUCAAGAGAAAGCCCUGCCACUUUUGAUCUCUAAUCCACCAAGAAAUAUGAUUGGUCAAUCCCAAAGUGGUACAGGUAAAACCGCCGCCUUUUCGCUGACGAUGUUAUCCCGCGUUGAUCCAAACAUCAAGGAGGUUCAAGCUAUCUGUUUAGCGCCUGCAAGAGAGUUGGCCAGACAGACUUUGGAUGUUGUGGAGACCAUGGGUAAGUACACCGGAAUCACCACACAGCUUGUCGUUCCAGAUGCAUUCACGAAAGGUCAAGCCAUUACUGCACAAAUCUUGGUUGGUACUCCAGGGACAUUGCUCGAUCUGAUUCGUCGUAAGCAGGUCAGCACUUCCCAUGUUAAGGUAUUCGUGCUAGAUGAAGCUGAUAACAUGUUGGACCAACAGGGGAUGGGCGAUCAGUGUGUGCGUGUAAAGAAAUUCCUCCCAAAGACUACACAAUUGGUUAUAUUCUCUGCAACAUUCCCAGAUGACGUUCGUAAAUACGCUGAAAAGUUUGUUCCAAAUGCUAACCAGUUGUCAUUGAAACAAGAGGAAUUGAACGUUGAUGCUAUUAAGCAGCUAUACAUGGAUUGUGAUAGCGAACAACACAAGUAUGAAGUUUUGACAGAACUAUAUGGAUUGUUGACCAUUGCCUCUUCUAUCAUCUUCGUUGCCAGAAAGGACACCGCUGAUAAGAUUUACAAACAGUUGAAACACGAUGGCCAUCAAAUCUCAAUCCUACACUCUGGGUUGGAGAACCAAGAACGUGAUCGUUUAAUUGAUGAUUUCAGAUCUGGCCGUUCGAAGGUGUUGAUCACUACUAACGUCUUGGCAAGAGGUAUCGAUAUUCCAACGGUUUCGAUGGUUGUCAAUUACGACCUACCAACAGAUAAGAAUGGUAACGCCGAUCCUUCGACUUAUUUGCACAGAAUUGGAAGAACCGGUAGAUUUGGUAGAGUUGGUGUUGCGGUUUCUUUUAUCCAUGAUAAGAAGUCCUACCAGCAGUUGAUGCAGAUUAGAGAAUAUUUCGGGAACAUUGAGAUGACAAGAGUUCCAACAAAUGAUUGGGAAGAGGUUGAAAAGAUUGUUAAGAAAGUGUUGAAGUGAUGAUGAUGCUCGGUACAUAGUGCUUUAUCAUGUAUUAUGUAAUACACUUCCCAAAACAGAAACUUGCCUAAUACGGAACUUAUGUACAAGUCUUUUCCCAGGAUUGUGGUUUCCGCCAUUUCCCACGAGGGAAAUUUCGCGGCCACAUAAUGACAACCAAAUUUGCCGAACCUUUUAAAAUGUAUAAACAAA